UGGGAGAGAGAGGGAGAAGUGGUGGUGGUGGGGGCGAGUUACGUCGGCGUGGGACAGUGCAGGGACGGACUGCUCAUGACUCGCAGCUCGCAGCUGGAGGAGAGCUGCAGAGAAGGGGGAGAGACGGGGAUGAGAUAAAUGAUGCACAGGUAAAAAAAAUUGGUGGAGCCCAGUUGGAUGCACGAGUUACAGAUUAUCCCGAGCGAAUUUGUAGAUUAGAUUAUCGUGGCCAGGUGAGGAUACAUCUGCAGUGGAGGGAACGCCAGAAAAGAUGCGCUGCGUCCGCGGCGCCACCGGUGCGCAAUCCGGCGACAGACAGAGCCACCGCCGCGCGCUGACACCCCGCUUUUAGAUGGCUCCAACAUUCGGGGUGCAAAACAGGUGUCAGGGAAGUGUCGUCACGAACCCCGGAAGCCGGAGGAGGUGGGAACAUCAGAGGGAAAGAUGGCAGCGAAAUCCGAUGGUCGCGGGGUCGUCGGCGGUUUCGCCCAGCUGCACAACCUGGACGAGGUGGUGGGGACGGGAGAGGACGACACGCGCAACAGCAGCUCCUUCCACAUCUGCCACUGCUGCAACACCUCGUCGUGCUACUGGGGCUGCCGGAGCGCCUGCCUGCAUUACCUCCGGGCGAAGGGGAAAGGGAGAGAUGCGCCGCGGCCAGCGCCGGAGCAGCGCCUCUGGCUGGACUGCCUGUGGAUCAUCCUGGCGCUGCUGGUCUUCUUCUGGGACGUGGGCUCCGAUCUGUGGUUGGCCGUCGACUAUUACCACAAGCAGGACUUCCUGUGGUCGGCCCUGACCCUGUUCUUCGUGCUGGUGCCCUCGGUGCUGGUCCAGAUCCUGAGCUUCAGGUGGUUUGUGCAGGAUUACACUGGGGGCGGGCUUGGCUCCGUGGAGGGGCUGAGCAGUCGGAGGGCUACAGUCUGUCUGCAGAGAGACAGGUGCUGUCGCCUGUCUGUCUGGGUCUGGCAGACCGUCGUACACAUCUUUCAGAUGGGACAAGUGUGGAGGUACAUACGCACCAUGUACCUCGGCAUACAAAGUCACCGGCAGAAGGAGAACCAGAGGCGAUUUUACUGGGCUAUGAUGUACGAGUAUGCCGAUGUCAACAUGCUGCGACUGCUGGAGACCUUCUUGGAAAGUGCCCCUCAGCUGGUGCUGCAGCUCUGCAUCAUGAUCCAGAGCAACAACGCUGAGUGGCUGCAGUGUUUUUCUGCCAUGUCCUCCCUCUUGUCCCUGGCCUGGGUGCUAGCCUCUUACCACAAACUCCUGCGAGAUUCACGUGAUGACAAGAAGAGUAUGAGUUACCGAGGUGCCCUGGUGCACCUCUUCUGGCGUCUUUUCACCAUCUCCUCAAGGGUGCUCUCCCUUGCCCUGUUUGCCUCUGUUUUCCACAUCUACUUUGGCAUUUUUGUGGUGCUCCACUGGUGUGCCAUGGCUUUCUGGGUCAUCCAUGGCGGCACCGACUUCUGCAUGUCCAAGUGGGAGGAGGUACUGUUCAACAUGGUGGUGGGAGUGGUCUAUGUCUUCUGCUGGUUCAAUGUACGUGAGGGCCGGACGCGGUGCAGAAUGGUGGCCUAUUACACAGUAGUACUGUUGGAGAACGCCAUCCUCAGCUCCCUCUGGUAUGCGUACCGCGACCCAGCCACCACUGACGCCUAUGCCUCUUUUGCCCUAUGUGGUGUCUUCCUGUGCUUUGCUUCAGGUGUGGCCUGCAUGGUUCUCUAUUACGGGGUCCUGCACCCCAUGGGCCCCCGGCUGAGGGUGCUGGCCAGCUCCUGCUGUGCUGAGCUGCUGUGGGGCCUUCCGUUACCCCCCGAGGCUGAGCCCAUGGCUCCCACACCAGGCCCCCGAGGCUCUCAGGCCACCCCAACACGAGGUCUGGCAGGGGAAUAUGAAGAGUCAGACGAAACAGCCACGGACACCUGCCUUCCGGUUUUCCAGGUGAGGUCCACAGAGCCUGUGGAUGCAGCCGGCAGGCCCAUCCAACCCGAGGGUCCUCUCAUCAAGAUAGACAUGCCCAGAAAGCGCUACCCAGCCUGGGAUGCACACUUUGUGGAUCGGCGCCUGCGCAGGACCAUAAAUGUGCUGCAGUACAUUAGCCCAAAUGCAGUGGGCAUCAGGUAUAGGGACGGUCCGCUUCUUUAUGAACUCCUGCAGUAUGAGUCUUCUCUCUGAAGGCAUCGUCUCCCACAGCUCUGUCACUUCCUCUUACACACAACGAUGCACAUGCGUUUUCCAUUCUUUCACUCUGCUCUUCCUCCUCUUCAGACACCAUCUCUUUCCAUUUGACAUUUGGCUCUCUCCGUCUCUCCUCUAUGAUCUUUCAAUUUUCCUGCAGUAGAUGUGGGAUUUGUCAAGCAAAAAUCUGUCGAGACAAAACCCACGGUCAUGAUUUAUUUUUGGGAAAAAACACAGUACAGAGAGAAAUUUUUGAACCUACAGUAUCUUAUGUGAUAUAUACAGAAGUCUCAUAUAAAUCCCUCUGCAUACAGGAACGUUCUGUAUGAGUGUGUAGAUAACAUAUGAAUGUUUCAUUAUGAAAUGUGUUUAAUGCAUUAUACUGUAUUGGUGAUUCUACCUGUGAAUACUUGUGAAGGGCACAUUGUAUGUCCCUGUGACAUGGGACUGACGCAAAGCCUGAUGGGAAUGAUGGAGGAGAAUCUCAGAGGAGGCAGGUCUUUGCACAUUCUAACAUUUACUGCCAUUCUUUAUGUACAUCAUCGAAAUGUAUGUUAAUGUUUACCGAGUCCGGAGCCCGUGAAUCAAAAAGCACUGACAGUUUCAUCAUGACACUGUAAAUUUCAUAAAGAGCACAUAUGUGUCUAAGAGAAGCAAUUCAAAAUGGCUUUUCAGUCUGUGAGCCCCCGAGGCUCAAGUCUAUCCUGGCUGUGCUAUUUUUGCUCAAAAUCCUAAAUGGUAAUCACAUCAUGUAUGGAAGAAAAGAGAAGCACACUGACCUUCAAUCAGUUCCACCCACUUUCAAUUUUCACAGUGCAGACUGCCCUCCAGUGGAAGCGGGCUGUAACAGCAAGCCUUAAUUGGCCAGUUUUGCCCAGUUGAGACAGCACAAAAUAUUAAAAUAUCAACUUGAAGUGGACAAAGAACACAAUGAAAGGAAUGUAGAGAAAUGAGCACAAUGUUUUGUCAAUUGGUGGGUGUAAAAAUCAUAGUUCAAAACAUUCCAAAGACUUUUGUAAAGAUUGUAGGUUUAGUCAAGGGUAGAAGGGUACAAAUGUAUGUUGACACGCACUUUUCUUAAGUGCAAAGACAGCCUUCAAGGAAUCCUCCACCAUUCCCUUCUGAAUCCUAGAAAAUUCUCCCUUUUCCGACCUCCCUAUUUUGUUGUCUUACCAACAAUUGUUUUAAGGUUGAUUAAUAUAUGCUUUUUGGGUGCAAAAAGACUUAGGAAAAAAUAUGACAAAUCUGAGAAGAUAUUUCUAUGCUAUUAUACUUCAGUGCGUAUUUGUGUCCACAUUUAUAGUCAUUGACAUAACUAUAUUUUGCCAGCGCACACACUUUUUUACAUAACAGAACAUGUUGCAGUGUUAAAAGGUAUAUACUCCUCAACAUUAGUGUGCCCUCAAAGAAGUGAUGCUCUUAUAGGUAUACAUGGGUGUACGGGGCGACUGUUCUGGCACCUGCAAGUGCAGUUGAAACAAAGCCAAAUCACAUCUUACAGAGCUGUAUUUCCAAUUUAUCCGCCCCCUUCCACCAGUAGAAUGAGUCCCUGCAAAAUGUGUGCCAUCUAUAGGCUUGCUGUGCCGCAGUUACACACUGAUAUACAUCUGCCUGCUGAACCGACGGGAGCUCUCCCCCUCUGACACCCGACGAGAAGACCACAGUUAAAACAAAAAAAAUACUAAAACGCCUUCCACGUCAAAGGAGCUUGACUCACAUUUCCAGAGAGGGCAAAUGAACAAUUCAGGAGAAAAAUGAAUGCAUUUCACACUCUAGUGUUAUCGAUUUACUUAAUGGUUCAUCUGAAUAUAUAUUAUGUGUUUUUUACAUUGUACUGUUUGGCAUGACUUUAGUAUGUGGCAUUAGUACAAAUGCACCCAACGACGGAGGCCCAAGAGCCCUUCACAACACAGAGAUUCCUUUUUCCUGGCUCACUGGCUUACUGCUUUGCUGUGGCCGCGUUUGCCUGCUAACAUCGUACUGUAAAAAAGCAGACGCCAAGUAAGUCCAGGAUAAAGGUGAGAGGGGUUUUUUGCCAGGGUUGGAAAAGAACACAAGGACAAAUCGUGGCAAAGGGCCUGACUGGAGUGUGGUGUGUGAUUCCCUGUGUGGUCAUGUGAGAAAGUAUGCGUGUGUUGCGUGUAUUGAACAACCCGCAGUCUGUAUUGUUAGAGGAUCUAAGUAUGCUUGCAUGGUGGCGGGUGUGUGCACACGCUUGUUUGUGUGUCUCCUCAGCCCUUUCCCAUGGUUCUGUUCUCUCGCCGGUUGUUCGACUCCAUCCUUGGUUGCUGCUCCGCCCUCUCCCCCAUCUCUAUGGUGCUGGGCCUUGGCACGCUCCCGUGAAACACUCUCACACUCUCUGGUAACUGAACAACGGGGUUGAGGCUGAACAACUGGAGAUCCUGACAUGAGAACAUGCAAUGAGGUACACUGCCAUAACCAAGAGCUUCAACAUCCAGGGUCGGCCACCCUUCAGCUUAAAAAGCGAUGUUCAGCCCUGAGUAAUUGAGAACUGUUGGGUCAGCUAGGGUGGAGCAAACAUCCAACAGACUAUAUGUAUAGAAAUACAUGUGUAUGCAAACUACCAACUCGUUCAUUGUUUACCAUAGUAGCCAGAGUAAUGCAUCUCUGUUGUAGUGAAUGAACAGCCAUGUUAAUAGUUAGUCAAUAAAUGAAUAAUGAAUUAUUGUUAAACAAAAAAAAAACUAAGCAAAAUACAGGGGUUCCUCAGGACCAACAAAAAGACCACUGAACCAGCUGACUCAGGGGUGUCUCAAUGCAGUUCUCAUCCCCAGGCAUGUCCUCAAGGGUCUCCAUUUUUUUCCUUAACAUUAUUGCAUCCUGGACCACUCCUCGGCUGGGAUUGUACGACUAAAUUAUGGUUUGCACAUUUAGUUUUUUUGGGAACCGUUAACUCAUUCUUAUUAUUGUGGUAGUUGGCUGCCUGGCAUCCGUAUUAAAAACACUGCAGAACUUUUUCCAGACAUGGACGUGUGUCCAAAUCAGGUGCAAAUACACUGUGAUUCAUCGAUUUAUUUGUGUGUGUAGGACAACAGUGUUACAAAGCGUCAUAGACAAGAUUAUGUACAAUAGGUUGCAUUUCAUCAGUGGUGCUUAAUGUCGUAUAAAAUGCAGAGUAUUUAUGCUUGCGCAAGUGUGUCAUUGGAAUAUUAGAAAUGAAUUUAAUUAAGUCUACAAAGAGUCUAUAUGUACAAGUCUGGAUUUUUAUGAAACAUACGCUAUAUUUUACAUAUUUCUACAGAGAAAUCACCAUUUUGCCACAGUGUAUCUAUGGUAAAAAGGAUUAGGUAGAAGCCGGAAAAUAAGUGGGUUUUACUUUUUAUAUAUUUUUCUUGUGUUCUUUAAAUUAUACACGGGUUUCAAGAGCUAAGCUAAACAAGAGUGCAAGUGGAAGCCGUUUCUAUGCUGUUCAGUGUAGUUUUCGGGCAGCCGCGCUUUAUACCAUGAACAAGGUCACGGAGAUUUAACCGACAGAGAUCUGUUUCUGUCAGGUUACCUGCCCAACUUCCACAUCCCUCGACAGCCACAACACACAGCAAGAGCGUUUGAACAGCAAGCUUGUUCUUCUCAGUCCUUGUUGUGCCUUGUCACUUUUGGGUGCUUCAAUCCAGCCAUGGCAGCCAGGUACGCAAAACAACAAUGCCAAUGUCUUUCUUUACUCGUUACAUGUGCCAGCAUGCUCACCAAGACGACGACACCAAACAAUAUUCCCUGUGUGUCUCCAUGAAAACAAACCGAGCCAAGUUCACAAUCCUGUCAACUCACACCUCAUAUUUAGUCUUAUAAUUUCAUCCACGUUGUCAUCGACAGGACUGCACCAAGUCGUGUGGGUACUGUCUAAAACCCAACGACUGGUUCUUUCAGAGACAUAGGAGAAAUAGUAAGGCAAUACUGAACAUCUUCUUUACUUGAACGUAGGGUUCCUCAUCUUUAUUAUGUUGGAGUAAGCUGAAUCGCUACAGCCCAGCUGAUAAAGCAAGCUACAACUAGCAGUUAGGACUGAACUGAAAAGCAUUCGUUUUACACUGCUGGAUGGGUAGUCAUAAACAGGUGCCAGCCAUUACACUCAACGAUUUGGUCAAUGAUUGUUUUGUACUUGUGUCUAUGCCUUGACAUCUUCUUCUGUCUUGCAAAUGAUGAAUGAUUUGUAGUGCCAAGACGUGAACUUUCUGUGUCGUUUGUCUCGUGUGAACAAUACAUCCUCUAGCCAAAACAAUAAUGCCUGCAGUCGGAAUAAAACAUGGAAGAAGUCGCUGAUGACGCAACGAGCAAAGAUCAGAUACAUUUUCAUACAAUGGAAUGACGAAGCAAGCCCGACCACCGAUUCACUUUUGAAUAACUUCAUUUCCUGGUUUCCGUGCCACCUCCCAGCAUGCCUUUAGAACUCAUUGUGAGGUGACCCGCAACAUAUAGCAUGUAAGUGCUCUUGACUGUACAACGAACCCUGAUUUCUGCAUUAAUGUGUAGCAGCGGGCCAUUGUAACAUUUGACUUAGUCCAAGUCUGUAUCUUUGUGUCACGAUCAUCUGUUUAGUUGAAGCAGAUGAUAAAUUGGUGCAUUUUCUUCUCUUAGUUUCAAUCCUGUGUUUAUAUUUUGUUUGUAACCUGGUGCUGAAUAAAUACAUUUAAAAGGUGCUACCACUGUGGACAGCAGAGUCCACUCUAUGGCUUUCUAAGAGCUUUGCCCACUGGUUGACUGAGAGAACACGCACCACACAAACCUGCAAACACAACAUGCUCAAGAGCUAGCACCUCAACUCCUCACAGUUUACAGCAGAACUUAAAUCUUAAUGGUGCCAUUUUAAUUUCCAAAUUUGCACAAAAAAAGGAACACUACUGUUCAUGUGUUUAUUAUGAUGGUUUCAACAUAGAGUAUGUUUUUUUUUACUAUGAUUCAAUCUGCACAACGAUUUUCUUUUUCUUUUUUUUCUCUGAGAGAAUGAAGCUGGCAGAUAAUAAAAUGCAUUUUUUGGCAAAUGCACAGGAGCACAAAUGUACUUCUGCUACUGGAAUCUGAGUAAAAAAAGUAUAUAGAACGUGAUUGUUGUGUUGUAAAUUCCUGUCAUCUAUAUGUCCUUAAUCUGUGUGUAUCUAUUUUUGUUGUUAUUGUAGAAUUGGCUGUAAUAUUUCAUUUAAAAAUGGAUUUGAUAUUCCAAUGAAGCGACUAUGGUUGUCAUAUUAAUUGCUGCUCAUUUAUUUUUUUUAAUUGUUAUAAAAAGGUGUUGGGAAAUAUUGCUUUGUUUAUAUUCUAUCAAUUUCUAGAUUGUGUUAGCUUGUUGGUGUAUUUCAAUCGGUAUACUCCCUAGGCUAUAUGAUUUAUCCGGGGUAUUCCAAAAGUUGGCACAAUAUCAGUGAGCAAAUUCGCUACAGGCUGUAGCAUUUAUAUGAAAGUGUACUCAUACAACCAAUGUUGUGAUUGAGAACAUAUAAGGAAUGAUUUCUUUGUUGUUGUUAAAUAUAAAAAUGUACGUAAAUUGUUCCAUGGAAUCCCCAUACUUUAAAAAAGCAAAACUGAUGUCCAGUAUUGUACCUACGCCCUAUUUUUGGGAACAAUAUGAAUAUUAUUAAUAACAUAUGGUGCUAAAGUUCUUUUUGUAUGUUUUGGUUUUUAGAAGAAAAGAGAAAUUAUAUGCUGAAAAUGUAAUGUUAAGCCUUACUGUAGAUUCAUAUAUCAGACUGUUCAUCCCAGAAGAGAAAAAUAAAUAUAGUAUUUGAAAGUGCAA